UCUUUAGGAAGGGCUAUAUAAACCGUAGAUGGACACAAGGUUCCAUACAACACAACACAUACAUCAACAUAUUAACUAUGAAGCUUCUUGGGCUCGCUUUAGUUUUUCUGUUAGCUUCUGCGAGUUGCAAAGCUGACGAAGAAAUUACUUGUGAAGAGAACAAUCCAUUCACAUGUAGUAACACUGAUAUUUUAAGCAGUAAAAACUUCGGAAAAGACUUCAUCUUCGGUGUUGCAUCUUCUGCUUACCAGAUCGAAGGAGGGAGAGGUCGUGGUGUUAACAUUUGGGAUGGCUUCAGUCACCGAUACCCAGAGAAAUCAGGGUCAGAUUUGAAGAAUGGAGACACUACUUGUGAGUCAUAUACGAGAUGGCAGAAAGAUGUAGACGUUAUGGGCGAACUAAAUGCUACUGGCUACAGAUUUUCCUUUGCGUGGUCGAGAAUCAUUCCAAAAGGAAAGGUGAGUAGGGGAGUGAACCAAGGAGGUCUUGAUUACUACCACAAACUCAUAGACGCCCUCCUCGAAAAGAAUAUAACUCCUUUCGUUACCCUCUUUCACUGGGACCUUCCUCAAACACUCCAAGAUGAGUACGAAGGUUUCUUGGACCGCCAGAUCAUACAAGAUUUCAAAGAUUAUGCCGAUCUAUGUUUCAAAGAAUUUGGUGGAAAGGUAAAGCACUGGAUCACGAUCAACCAGCUAUACACAGUCCCUACGAGAGGCUAUGCAGUCGGAACAGAUGCACCCGGUCGAUGUUCUCCUAUGGUUGAUACUAAGCACAGGUGUUACGGCGGAAAUUCUUCAACAGAACCCUAUAUCGUUGCACAUAACCAGCUUCUUGCUCAUGCCACGGUCGUCGAUCUUUACAGGACCAAAUAUAAGUUCCAAAAAGGGAAGAUUGGACCUGUGAUGAUAACAAGAUGGUUUCUUCCAUUUGAUGAGUCUGAUCCGGCCUCCAUAGAAGCAGCUGAGAGGAUGAACCAAUUCUUCCAUGGAUGGUACAUGGAGCCGCUAACAAAGGGUAGAUACCCAGACAUCAUGAGGCAGAUUGUGGGUAGUAGGCUUCCCAACUUUACCGAGGAAGAAGCCCAACUCGUUGCCGGUUCAUAUGAUUUUCUUGGUCUCAACUAUUACGUCACUCAGUACGCCCAGCCGAAACCUAACCCAUAUCCUUCAGAGACACACACUGCCAUGAUGGACGCUGGUGUAAAGCUCACAUAUGAUAAUUCGCGUGGUGAAUUUCUUGGUCCACUGUUCGUUGAAGACAAAGAUAACGGAAACAGCUAUUACUAUCCAAAAGGAAUUUAUUACGUGAUGGACUACUUCAAAACCAACUACGGCAACCCUUUAAUCUAUGUCACCGAGAACGGAUUUAGUACGCCCAGUUCAGAAAACCGUGAGCAGGCUAUUGCGGAUUACAAGCGAAUUGAUUAUCUCUGCAGUCAUCUAUGUUUUCUCCGUAAGGUCAUCAAGGAGAAGGGUGUCAACGUGAGAGGUUAUUUUGCAUGGGCUCUUGGAGACAAUUACGAAUUCUGUAAAGGCUUUACCGUCAGAUUUGGACUCAGUUACGUUAAUUGGGACGAUCUCGAUGAUAGAAACCUCAAAGAAUCUGGCAAAUGGUACCAGAGAUUCAUUAACGGGACAGUCAAGAACCUUGCCAAACAAGAUUUCCUCCGCUCAAGCCUCUCUUCCCAGAGUCAGAAGAAGAGGCUGUCUGAUGCAUGAAACACUUCCCCCCCUUCAAGAUCAUCUCCAUGUCUCUCACUCUUUAUACUUGCUCAACCGAUAAAGAGCUUCUUCUACCUAUAGUAAUGUACUAAAUAAAUAUUCUCAAUAAAAAGAUGAUCAGUUACUAAUGAAUAAAAAAUUUAUCUACCA